GAGUUCUACGUUCAAUCUGAUUGGCUGACGGCUCGUCCUAGCUACCACUUGGCAACCAUCCCGGGGCCUAUGAUAUGCCUUAUGUAGAGAACUUUAAACUAAAAUGGGCGGGGUGUCGUUUGACUGACAGGUCACUUCUCCAAUCGCCAAGCGAUAUGUUGCUGUCACAGCGAAUGGUGUCCCGCUGCACAAAAGGGGAGGGGUCAAAUGUGGGAUCGCUUUAAAGACAUUGCGCACUUGAAACUCCCCUUUCUUCCUCGUCUACUGUCUUUUUCUUCCCCGAAAACAAAGUCAAGAGCAAGGUAUAUUCUCUCAAACUUCACAUUUUUAGCAAACUACUUAUAUACUAUAAAGACUAAACUUUUCGUGCAAAAGUGACGUAGAAUGCUCAAGUUUCCGUGAAAAAAAAUCCUCCUCCUCCAGGAUAUUGUUGUAGAAAACAUUUUCUUGUUCGAAAGUGCUCUCAACAUGACUUCUGACGAUGUUUUAUCGCGAUGUAUCGAGUUCAAAAAGGAUCAACUGUACUUUGCCAUGCUUCAGCAAAAGAUGAAAAGCACAAGUGACCGACACUGUUUCUGCAUUGAUGAAGAGCUUGCAUAUGAGAACUUCUAUGCAGACUUUGGCCCCCUUAACCUGGCCAUGUUUUAUCGCUUCUGCUGCAAGCUGACAAAGAAGCUCAAGUCCAUAACACUCUCAAACAAGAAGAUCAUCUUUUAUACCUGCGGAGAUCAGAAAAAACAAGCCAAUGCCGCCUAUUUAAUUGGAUCAUAUGCAGUAAUGUACCUGAAGAUGACACCUGAGGAGGCACACAGUCUGCUGGUCUCCAGAAAUUUAACAUAUAUUCCUUUCAGAGAUGCUUCAUUUGGGACAUGCAUGUACAAUCUGAACAUCUUAGACUGCCUUCGGGGUGUUCACAAAGCUCUGCAGUACGGCUGGCUGGACUUCUCCAGCUUUGACGUGGAAGAAUACGAGCAUUACGAGCGAGCAGAAAACGGAGACCUGAACUGGAUCAUUCCAGGGAAGUUCCUUGCUUUCAGUGGACCGCAUCCAAAAAGCAAAAUAGAGAAUGGGUACCCUCUCCAUGCUCCUGAGGCUUACAUCCCAUACUUCAGGAAGUAUAACAUCACCACCAUUAUCAGACUCAACAAAAAGAUGUACGAUGCCAGACGGUUCACAGACUCUGGCUUUGAACAUCACGACAUGUUCUUUGUGGACGGGAGCACCCCCAAUGACUCCAUAGUCAGGAAGUUCCUCAACAUCUGUGAGAGUGCAGAGGGAGCCAUAGCAGUCCACUGCAAGGCUGGUCUGGGGAGAACCGGCACCCUGAUUGGCUGCUACAUGAUGAAACAUUACUGCCUGACUGCAGCAGAGGCCAUUGCCUGGAUACGGAUCUGCCGACCGGGUUCUAUCAUCGGGCCUCAGCAGAACUUCGUUGAAGAGAAGCAGAACAGCUUGUGGGCAGAAGGAGAUGUUUUUCGGGAGAAAAUGCUUAAGGACCGAGAGAACGAGAAGAAGGCGGUGACCAGAAUUCUGUCUGGGGUGGAUGAAAUAACCAUAAAUGGGAGCAAUAACAACAGGACAGCCAGGAAAGAAGAAGUGGAAUCUUAUAAUGAUGAAGAGGAGAGAAACGGUUUCACUCAAGGUGAUAAACUCCGCGCUCUGAAGAGCAAGAGGCAGGCCAAAGCAUCGUCAGGUUCCCUGUCGCAAGAAGAGAAUAGGAUGCACACCAGAUCAGCAUCACAGUCUCUGAGCAAGGUCAUUAUGCAGCCCAAUGUUCAAGGCUGCAUCAGCUCACUGACUCAGUCUGACCCCUCAGACAGCAGGAAAAGGACUAGAGCCUCACUGCCGGCUAAUGGAGUAGGCAAAAGCUCCCUGGGUCACACCAGACUGGUCAGGUCCUUAGGAAACUUGCAUGUCAUGGCUGGCAACAGAGAAAGCGUGUGUUUUGAGCCAUGUGGCAGAGACAAAGCCAGCACGGGCACCUUCAUCAACUUAAACAUGGCGCAGGGCCACCUGCAGACGCAUCGUCUCCAGGCGACGUAGAGCUUGCAAGUCCUUGCCCCCAAUCAGAUUAUCAAAACCAUGUCACCCGCUACCUAAAGCUUGGCCUCCUUUACUUCGGUGAACCUGUGAGCAGGGAAUUCUGCAAAGUCAUCUCUUAAACUGUGCAACGCUGGAUUUUAUUUCCAUUUUUAAGUUGGUGGGAAUCUUAACCAACAUGACGUGACACGUUACUUUACCAAGGCACUUUUUUUUUUUGAUUCUGCAUCAUGUAAUGAACUUGAGUUCUGUCGCCUGAUUUAAAGCAUGCAGUAGCAAAUGUCAGAUUUAACCAGAGCAGCAUGUGAAUGUGCAACUCCUUAUUCUAGAUCACUGUGCAGCAGCCCUUUGUCUGAAGCUUCGCCUUUGUGGACUUAGUCUUACAUUGAGGAAACCAGUUUUUCCUUUGACAGGAAGCAGCUCAUGUGAAGCUUUUGCUUCCCAUCUGCAAUGAAAACUUCAAUCAUGAGACUUCACUACUGGUUAUCUGUACUGCUAAUCAAUGUCUGGCUCAUCUUACUGUUCACUUGCCAAACAUCAGUUUAUGCUUUUUCUAAGUUUGUAUAUACACCUACAUUUAAUACUCAGUUUAUAUUUUGUAAAUAUUUUGUACUGUUAGAAUCAUGCCAUAAAAUGGUCCUGUGAUUGAAGCUAUAUUACUUUUGUUCAUAAAAUGCAUUUACUUCAUAUAUAAAAAGAUUUUUUAAAUAAAUUUACUCAAACAUG